AUGCCAGCCCCAGCAGCAGCAACAGAGUGUGAGCAAAGCACUGGGCAAAAAAACUGCAAAAUAGUCCAAGAAGUAGUUGGACCACGCCAAGCCCAUCGAAACCACCAAAUCCCCUACCCAACCUGGGACUACGGGCAAGGUGUGCCCGACAAUGGCGCCAGUUUAGCCCACGACCACCACGAAAUAGACCCCUACGCACCAGACCGCACCGUAAACGGCAAGGGUGAGAAGAAUCUCUCCCCCGUCAGCUACUUCCAGGACACGUAUCGCAAUCUAAAGGAGAAGGGCAAGUGUGUGAUUAACACCGUCUCUGAGGAGAUGAUUGAGGCUGUGAAUGCGGCUGCUACUGAUGCGCCGCAUGGGGUUUCGGAGUGGGAUGUUUCGGGGCUGCAUGAGGCGCCGUCGACGACUGUUAGGCCGUCUCGGGUUAAGGAGUCUGUGGUUAAUAUAAAGGGUAAGGUGAUUGAUAUUAAGGAGUUUGUGGAUCAUCAGCAGCCCGGGAUGAGCAUUGCUGCCACGGGGGCUGCGAACGAGGGUUUUAGUCAUAUUGAUAUUGAGAAAUUGAGGCCGAGUGUGUCGACGUUUGAACGGCCGAGGAGGAAAUGGAGUAAUGAGGUGCCGAAGAGUACGUUGUCGGGUAGGCUACAUGGGGAGAAGGAGGGUGAGAAUUAG